AUGUCGAAGCCGCCACUCCCAUCCUUAAACGCGAAGAUUCCAUCUCUUCCCUCAUUUUCCCAGAGCGUUCAAGUCCCCCCACCCAUUGAUGAUGCUCCGGAUGAUGAGACGAACAACACUUUUCAAGAAGACGACAACAACACAUUAGAAGAUGAUGACGACGAAGAUACCAUAAAAACCGAAGAAGGCUUUGAAGAAGCCGCCUUUCCUGAUGAGCUUCUUAAAGGCACUGCUACUGAUGCGCCACAGAAGUCUACCGAGACAAGAUCUUUAAAAGUUUUAAAGCAAAUCAUCGAGCCGUUUCUCGACCAGAACGGCGUCUCGACGUUCGACGAGGAGAUGGAUGCCGUCGAGAAGAAGAAACAACUCAAAUUGUUAGACCCAACUUUCAAGAAAGCUUACCUCGACAACGCUGACAUCUUCUUCGAGGGAAAACAGGUCGCGUCGGUCAUGGAAAGCAUCGACGACACACUCGUUGUUCCAAAAGAUACUCAACACGUCAUGUCCGCGGUUUGUAAAGUGUUCUUGGCAGAACUCGUCUCAGAGACACAAAGAGUCAGAGAGGACGACAAAGGAGGCGCCGGUCCUUUAUUGCCUGAAGAGGUCAAUGCCGCUUAUCGGAGAAUGAGAGACCGAGGAGAUGUCCCAGACAUACACAGAAAGCCGUUCUUCAUGAAUUGA